CGGGGCGGCCCCGGGGGGGGCAGCGGGGCCGGGGCCGGGGCCGGGCCGGGCGGGGGAGGCUCCGCCCCGGCGCUUUAAGCGGCUGCGGGGCCGCGCCGGGCCGAGAGGAGCCGAGCUCAGCCCGUGCACCGCCAUGCCCAACUGGGGAGGAGGCAACAAGUGCGGCGCCUGCGGCCGGACCGUGUACCACGCCGAGGAGGUGCAGUGCGACGGCAGGAGCUUCCACCGCUGCUGCUUCCUCUGCAUGGUCUGCCGGAAAAACUUGGACAGCACAACCGUAGCGAUUCAUGAUGCUGAAGUUUACUGCAAGUCUUGCUAUGGGAAAAAGUAUGGCCCGAAAGGUUACGGAUAUGGGCAAGGGGCAGGCACACUGAACAUGGACAGGGGAGAGAGACUAGGUAUCAAGCCUGAGAGCACGCCCUCUCCCCACCGACCCACAACAAAUCCAAAUACUUCAAAAUUCGCUCAGAAGUUUGGAGGCGCAGAGAAAUGUUCCAGGUGUGGGGAUUCUGUGUAUGCGGCAGAGAAAGUAAUAGGUGCUGGAAAGCCAUGGCACAAAAACUGCUUCCGAUGUGCCAAGUGUGGGAAAAGCCUAGAAUCUACAACCCUAACUGAAAAAGAGGGAGAAAUCUACUGUAAAGGCUGUUACGCAAAGAACUUCGGCCCCAAAGGAUUUGGCUACGGGCAGGGAGCAGGUGCCCUCGUUCAUGCCCAGUGAGGGGGCACAGCACGCAACCUGUACGGCUCUGCUCAGAUUCUGCUGCAAGAAAAGAGUUUCCAAAAUGUUACUAACUACUGUGAAACCGAUAGUAGUUUACUGUAGUGCUUGGGCCACACUUCUAGUUACCUUUAUAAGCACUGCUUUUUUCCUUGCUUUAUGUACCACACUUUAACACUUCUAAUACUGUGUAUCGAUUCAAUAAAGCUUUGCUUGUUGACAUACCCUGAA